GCCUUGCUCCAAAGUCGAAACAGUUAGCCUUCCUCUCCUCUCCUCUGCAGUCUGCACCACCACCUUCUUCUACUUGUUGAACUUGUCACCCAGCCAACACCCAACCCAAGCAACACAUUACUCCGGCCGGUAGCCGACCAACUCAUGGAACUACAUCAUUUGAGCGGCGUCUUCCCGUCGCCGGCAGCUUCGUCCCUGUUCUCAUCGUCGGCGUUCGACAUGGGCGACAGCGACGACAUGCACCUGCUGAACACCCUGCUGGAGAUGGGGAAUGACAUGUCCCAUUACCUCGGGUUCGACAUGGACACUACGGAGCGGCACUCCUCCUCCACCUCCACCUCCUCGUCAAGCAGCUCCUACUCCUCCUCCUCCGACCAGCACCAGCAGCAGCAGCAGGGCAUGGCCGCCGCUGCACCGAGCAAGCGUCGUGCCCCAGCAGCAGCUUCAAUCCCCAAGGGCCUCAUCGGCGUGCGGAAGCGUCCGUGGGGCAAGUUCGCCGCCGAGAUACGUGACUCCACGCGCAAGGGCGCCAGGGUGUGGCUCGGCACCUUCAACACCCCCGAGGCGGCCGCCAUGGCCUACGACCAGGCCGCCUUCUCCGUCCGCGGCGCCGCCGCCGUCCUCAACUACCCCGUCGACCGCGUCCAGGAGUCGCUCCGCACGCUCGCGCUCGGCGCCACGGCCGGCUCCCCCGUGCUGGCCCUCAAGAGGCGCCACUCCAUCCGGAAGCGCUCGCCCAACAAGGCCAAGAAGACGGCCAUGGCGCCCGCCGCCGCCACCAAGAUUACGAGGGAGGCGGCGCCCGCGCAUCAACAGACGACGGCGCAUGCCGGAGUGGUGGAGCUCGAGGACCUGGGCGCCGAUUACCUGGACGAGCUGCUCCGGGUCUCCUCCGACCAGCCGACGGCGUCCACGAUGGUUGGCUAUGAGUUUGACCUGCAGUCGAUUAUCGCCAACGCCGGCCCAAUCUUGUUCCCUCACUGCUAGUCUCAUUUGGCAGCUGCUCUGCUCUGCCCUGCUUGAGUUAGUUCCAACCGAGAGAUUGAUCUCCCGAUCAGUUUUUUGCAGUUUCUUCUCCUUUUUUUCUCUUGUUGCCACGGCACGGCAGUGCAGCCAACUUGCCAACAGCCUGCCACUGCUAUGUAUGCCUCUCUGUCCAUACGUAAGUACACCACACACGUGAUCAAUUGAGUGCAAAAUUAUACAGGUCCGAGAA